GCUAGGACAAACUGGAUUUCAGUCUAAUCUGUGGUUGUAAUAAACAGUGCUGAUAAGGUGCGAUAUUCUCCCAACAUACACAAAAGAUUGGUGUAAAGUUGAGAUAAGAUGGCGAACGAUAAAAGAUACAUCGAAUGUUGAUCCGUGCUGAAACUCUUAUUUUUAAACCAAAUACAAUGUGUCUCAAGCUAACACGACUACAAGAAACGUUGAAUAAAAAGAAAGAGUUUUACUGACUUUAAAGUGGUUACUUCUUGGCUAUUUUUAAAUGUUGCGCGCGAAAAUUUAGUUGUGAGAGUGGUGUGCGACUCCUUGCCUUGUUUCUGGUACACAAAGACAUAUUAAAACAAUAAUGUCGGCACAGCCGACAACAAGCGCCGUGGCUGAAGGAGAAGCGUCUACGUCUAAAACAGGCAUGUCUUUAGAGGAAAAAAUUGGCAUGGCUAAGAAAUUUGACCGAGAAAUGAAGGCAAGUUUUGCGACAAUAUAGUCGUCUCAAUUAGUGUAUGAUAUGGUUAUGUUUCAAAAGCGUGUUUAUAAAUACAAUAGAUUGAUGUUAUGAAAGAAGGCUAGUUUCUGUGUUGGAGUAUAUUUGUUCUAGGUUGUACGAAGCUGGUAUAUGGUAAUAAGGCUACUACUUUUGACCCUUUUAAUAUUGACAGAAUUCUAUUAAAUUGUAGUCUGAAUUCUUAGAAAUGUUAGAACAUCUCCAAUUUUAGCUUUACAUUCUGGCGUACCAAAAGGUAUGGUACUUGUACAUUUGACUAAAGUUUUAUAUGUGCAAGUGACCAUACUUUUUGGUAUCAAAGUUUUUUUUAAUGUUUUUUGGUACAUGUCAGAAACAAUUAAACCACAUUGUAGAAUGCAACAUUCUGUAAGCUGUCAUUGUGAUUUGUGAUAAAUUGUGUCUGGACUAGAAUAAGAUUAAAAACACUUCACUAUAAAGGCGUGCAUGCUGGUUAAAAUUAUUGCAACCAUCUUUAUUGGUGUAAGUGAUUCUCAGCUUAUAUCAUAACUGCUAUGUUAGAUGAAUUUAACAAAAUUCAUUCAAAUUUUCCUUCUAAAUUUCCCUUCUUUAUACCUUGAUUAAUCCAUAAUUGACUGCAUGUGCUGGUGAAUAUAAACCUUUGGAUGAAUUCCUUGAUAGACACUCAAUGUAAAGACAUUUAUACUUCUUGCCUUUCCUAGUAAAGGCAAUUUGUUAGAGAAAUUGAACCAAAUGUUUAUGUAUUAGAUAAUCCUUAUGAAUAUGCAAUCUCUUAUUAUACAUAAGCUCACUAUGUGCAUGUAAACAAACAAAUUGCACAACCUUGCGGUUCCAUACAAUAUAAACGGGAUGUGAUAAUUAUCUUUUACUUGGUUAUAUUUAAAGAAUUAUGUAACUGAAAACAUAUAGGCACGCACAUAUCUAGAAAAGCAAUUUUAAUCUUAAAAUAGAGUCAGGUCUGGACUUAAUUUUUGAAUGUUUUGGCUACUUCUAAUUGUUAAGAGAUUAUCACUGCCUGGAAUUCAUAAAAUUAUUGAUCAGUUUGCAAAUGUUUAGGCAUUAGACAUUCUGAAAUCAGAUAAAAAACUGAUCUUUUUUAAAAAUCUUCACAUAACUGACAUUUUGCAUAAAAUGAUGUCAAAUUUGGAUGCAAUUCAUUUGUGAAUUCACUUCCAAAAAUGCCAGACAUUCAAUCCUGAAGCUUCAGAAAUAUAGAAAAAUUUGACCUCCAGAUGCUUCUGUACGUCCCUGUCUGUAGGCUAGUUUGCAUUCAAGAACAUGUAAAUCCCUGCAUGAUAAUACACGCUCACAUACACAAAACGAGGCUCUAUAGCCAAGGUGAAGUAACUUUCCGGAAGAGUGUUGUACAUUGCAUUUUACCCUUGCCAAGGUUCAUGAGUUCUGAUUCAAGAAUAUGGUCUAACCUUGCUUAAAUACAUGUAAUUGUAUUAUGCAACAUGCUUUGAAACAGGGGAGGAUCUAUAGAGCCUCAUCCACAAGGAGGGGUGCAGGUUUUCCAUGGGGUGGUGCAUGAGGGAGCCUUACUGAUCAGUCGUGCUAAUUUGCUAUAAAUUUGAAAACCAGAAAAUGUAUGGUCAAGCAGAAUUUUUAGGGUGGCGCUGGACUUUUCUAGGGGGAUGCUAGACAGCACUAGCUGGGGUGCACCCCCUUGCCCCCCCCCCCUUGCCCCCCUGGUAGAUCUGCCCCUGCUUUGAAAAAUGCGAAAAUCCCCAAAUGACUCCCUAUCCUCUACCAGGACUACGCUAAAGCCACAGUUAAAGAAUUCCUUGGUAUCUAUGGUUAUGAGGAAGACGUGGAUAUUAACAUGGAUGAAUCUGAAACAAACAAAGUCAACGAAACAAGCCAGGCAGCUGAGAAACAAACAGGAACUGAGCCCAGUACCACUACAGGUGAGAAUCUUUCUCUAGGUUUAAUUCUUGCAAUAUACAAUUGUCUGUUUAUAAUUUCUUAGUCAAAUUUGGGUAAAAAUGCACCAGGCCUUAUGUACCGGUAUUUCAUUGCCUGUCUGAUCCCAAUCUGCAUAAUUUCGAAUUGAAUUAGCAACAUGAAUUGCUGUGUAGUUGCAGUUGUCUAGGGAGAUACCAGUUUGUUAAUUAUGGUUCACAACUGCAUGUACCUUUGUGAAAGAACUGCUUGAGAACUGUAUGUCGUACAUAUAUGUUAGCUUUGUGCUUUAGUAUUGUUUUUCUAUGAGAGUGAUGCAAUGGACCUGCAGUUCCUAAUUCAAGACCAUUCUUCAAUGCUAGACUGUGACAACCUUGGUGGCAAGACGCACUUGGAAAAGGCUGGACCUCAUCAAGCAAGGGCAGUAGUAAUGAUUGAUCUUGAAACCUAUGAUGCCAACGAGGUCAGUGAAAUUUCAGUUACAAAUGUUGAAGGCACUUCAAGAGCAGAAAAUGGAAGUUCAAAUGCUGAUUUACCUUCCAAUGAAAUUCUAAAGCUUCCAUGCCCAACAGAAACUUUGGUAGCAGAGAUUGAAACGUCACAGUUAGAGAUUGAGGGGCAGUGUGAGAUAAGGAUGCCGAAGGAAUCACAAGGUCAAUUACCUAGGGAUGUGUUAGGAUCUGAGAGAGAAUCACAGAGUGAAAUGUGUGGAUCACAGUGGACACCAGGUGAAACAUUAGGACCACUGGGUGAAGCAUUAGGAUCACAGGGGGAAAAACAGCCACACAGUGAUCAGGUACCACAGCGUAAAUUAGGAACAUUGGGAGAAAAUCUGGGUUGUGGGGGAAAUGAACAAUUGCAGAGUACUGAAACAGUACAGGAGGUAGAUCACUCUCACAAUGAGGUUUUAACAUCACAAAAUCCAGAUAGAAUACAAGAUGAAACAUUGGAAUUACAUGCUAAGUCUGUGUCCAGCCAUGAGAGACUAGAAACAUGUGCAGUUGAAAACAUUCCUUCAGAAGAAGCUACUUUGACGUCUGUUCAGGCGAGGUCAGUAUUAACUGAGAAAAUACUAGAAGAACUUGGUAGAACAGGAGCUACAUUUGUGUUAGUUGAUGGUGCUUUGGAAAUGCCUCACAGUGAAGCAGAGUCAUUACCUGCAUCAACACCCACACCCUCAGAAAUUCUUGAUGCAAUAUCACAAAUCAUACCUCGCUCACAACCUGUCGAUGAGGGUGUCGUGUUGCAAGAGCACAGUUAUGCCACAACUGGUAGUGCUUCAGUGGAAGCUAAUUCUGGUCAGAUCUUACAAGAUUUAAAUGUUUUGGAUUCAACUAAGUGUGACAUGCAAUAUGAUACACAUAUUGAUCAUUCCAAUGUUGAUUGUAGUAAUGUGGAACCAUCCAGUUGCGAAAUGGAGUCUAGUUUAAUUUCAGACAAUCAGUCUAGUCCAAUGAACAUUUCGGACUCCUUGCAGGAUGCUGAUUUAAGUUCAAGGAAUGAAAGUAACCUAGUUCAAGGGUCAGACGAUAUUCCUUCAAGUAUAACACCUGGUGGUACAGCCCCAACAGACAUCUCUACCGCUGCACCAGGUUUAAACUCGAACAUCAAAUUGACUCAUUUGCAACAUUUGUCUAUAAGUAAUACAAACAUCCUUCAAACUGUACAAUCACAAAAGGUUGAGUCUGACACAAUACAAAGAUCAGAUGAUAUUCCUUCAAAUAUGAGUCCAAGACCUAGUGAAAUAACACCAACAGAAAUAUCUACAAAUACGCUUUACUUAAGCUCAGACAUCCAAUCACCUCAACCCCCAGGCAAUGUGUCUAUCAAUGAUUCUAGUCUUGAAACUGUACAAUCACAUAAGGUUGAAUCUGACACAAUACAAAGAUCAGAUGAUAUUCCUUCAAGCAUAAGACCUAGUGAAAUAACACCAACAGAAAUCUGUACAAAUAUGCUUUACUUAAGCCCAGACAUCCAAGCACCUCAACCCCCAGGCAAUGUGUCUAUCAGUAAUUCUAGUCUUGAAACUGUACAAUCUCGAAUUGCGGAAUCCUGUUCAUCGCCAGGCUCAGAUGACAAUUCUUUAAAUGAUUGUAGUGAUCGUUUAAGGCAAAGAACACUAAAUGGCUCAACUAGUACUCCUGGCUUACAUUCAACUACCCAGUUUUCUGGUUCAUUACAGCCUCCAACCUUUGUAUCAAUCUGUGACUCUAGCCUGGAAGCUGGGCAAUAUAAAGCAUUAAGUUCUUCCAUGGACUUACCUGACUCAAAAGAGAAAAACCGUUUAUCGAUGAAAAAGCACCGAGAGAAUGAAACGCCUGAGAAGCGUGAAACAAGAUUAAAGGCACAACGUGAACGAGCUAGAUUACGACGAUCGCAAGAAAGCGAAACUGAAAGAGAAGCAAGACGCGAAAAGGAUCGUAAACGACAACAGUUGAAACGAACUAGGAAUAAAGAAAUGGAAAGUGGGGAUAUACAGGUACUUAGCGGGGAUAACCAACCUAGUGAGGAUAUACUUCAUACAGCUUCACAAACACUGCAGCCUGAUGGAGAUAAGGUAGAAGACAGAGGUUUACCAAACCCUAUUUCACAGUCUAGUAACUCUACGGUAUUGACAGCAUCUACAGAAGGGGGAGAAUUGCACUGUAGUUCUGUAGUUAAGCUUGGUGUAAUACCGAUCUCCGAAGAUACGAAUAUUGUUCCGAUUUCAGAAGAUACGAAUCCUGUUCCGAUUUCCGAAGAUACGAAUCCUGUUCCGAUUUCAGAAAAUACGAAUACUGUUCCGUCUAAAAAACCAAAGAUGAUGCAGGAUCCUGAAUCUACAAACACUCUUGUUUCAUCAGAAGGUAGAAAUGUCAUAGACGGACAACAAAUUUCUCCAGCUGAAUCUGAUAAUGGGCAAAGUGAUUUAUGCCACAGAGGAGAGAGAUGGAAUAUGCAGGGAAGAGCAUCGAAUCCAGCAAUACUACCGGUGGUUACAGCAGAUAUUCCAUCAUCAGCUUCUGACUCUUCUGUUCUUCAGAGAGAAGAUAGGGAUGUUACCGCUAGUACAACAGCUGCUACUCCAAUACCCCAAGAUAAUUCUAAUGAUUCAACUGCACCAGAGAAUAAAGAAGACUUAGAUAUGCACAGGAAAAUUGAUCUCUUGAACAAUCAAAUACUAUCAGGACUUACAGAAUCUGCUCCAUCUCAGACAACGCCUGAACUCUCUGCUUCACAAGAAGAUAAAGAUAUACCCGACCACAUGGGUAGUUCCGUAAUUGAAACCAGUUCGGUUGGACCAAAACUUAGCUUAACCGAAGGGCAUCUUGCCUUGCCCAGUGUUGCAACCGACGUACCGUGCGAGGGUGGUUUCAUUGAUGAAACGAGUUCAGCAAAACCAGAUGAUAGUGCAGUGGAAGAAGAUUCUGGCGACGACAUGGAUGCGUCGAAGCUGCCUCAGAAACAGAAAAACCGCGAGCGUGUGAGAAAGCGACGCGCAUUGGAAACUCCCGAACAGCGAGAAACGAGACUCGGACAGCAACGUGAGCGCGUUAGAGAACGGCGUGCGAAUGAAACCGACUCGCAACGCGAAAUACGCAGAGUCCGAGAUCGGAUAAGACAACAGAUCAAGCGCACGUCGGAGUCGGAGGAGAAUCGGAGUAAAAGAUUACUGCAACAGAGAGAGGCAACGCGACGGAGGAGAGCAUUAGAGUCGCCUGAGGAGAAGCAAACGAGGCGUGUGAAGGACAAAGAUCGCGCAAAACAAAGUCGAGAGUCAAAACGUGCCGGAGUUGUUAUGGAAUGGUGGAAAAAAUGAAGAUAUUAUACCAAAACCGCGAAUGUCUUGUCCGUGUCUGGUUUUCUUGUCAAAACUUUCAGGAAUGCCAAACUAUUAUUACCUAAUUUCAGCACAAUAUGCCGCUGACCAAUCAAAUGUCGCCAAAUUGUCAACAUUAUAUAUGUAGUCGCAUUUCUGAAUGUUUUAACACGAAAACAUGAGAAAGUUUUGUGUUCGUAGUUUAAACGGCAAAAUUAAUGUUGAAGUAAUAAAAAUAAUAUAUUAAAAAAAGGUUUAAGAUUCUUAAUGAGCACAUUGUUUCUAUUUCCGUUGUUCCUGGUUAUUUUCCAAACGUUUUCAAAGAAAGGUAAGGCCAAAAAAAAAUAUGUGGGUUUCCGGUUUCUUCUUAUAAAAACUUAGGUAGGGUAGGUCGGUUUUAACUUUUUUUUUUAAACUUUUUUUUUAAUUUUCCGAACAAGCGGACGCCAUUUUGUUUAGUCAGUGCUUCCACAUCCAAAGAUAAAUUUUCCUAAUAUUGCCUCAAAUUUCAAUUUUCCACAAACUUUUUCCUCUAAGUGGAAACACUUACAAGCAUGAUCCAAUAAAAAAGUUUAGGGUCGGGAUUUCGACGUCCAAAAGCUAGGUAGGGUCGGGAAACCGGAAACCCACAUAUUUUUUUUUGGCCUAAGUACUGCUGAAUAAGCCGACGUGUGCACUUGUACCAGAUAGCUUUUCGUAGCGAUAUAAAAAACACCUAUCCGUACUUUUUAGGAACACUGUUUUCAGUCGAAUUAUUGCAACGGAGAUGUUGUUUCGCUCCGCUUCUGAAAGUUGUACAUUCCCUAUGGGAUAGGUGCUUUUUGAGCUUCUCUUGAGUGUCAAUGUUGUUUUUGAAUAGCUGGAGGGUUAGUGUCAUACCUUGCUAUAUGACUACUCACCCUUCAGCUAUUCAAAAACAGCACUGACACUCAAGGGAGGCUCAGAUUGAACCUGCACUCAUUGAGUGUGAGUGAGCUUUUAGAAUACGGGCGUAAGAGUCAAGGAGUCCGGUAGCGUUUAUCGACCCUUACCGAUGUUUUUCAUAUACUUUCCAGUCUCGACAAUGACGAACACGUAUGAAGUGGAGAAAGGAACAGGGAAUGAUCGUCCAGUUUCUUCAGUCAGUAUAUCGAGUUCAACGACCAAUGUAAGUUUUGACUUUCCACCUGUGUUUUAAGUAAUAGAAAAGAUUUGAUUCGACUUUCACUACGUUUCACUGGUUUAGUACACAUCUGAUUUUUUAAUAGGAUAUAUCAAACGCAUCUGAUUCCUUAGUGGUAGCCAGGGUUUUUUUCAGGAUUUUGUCUUGGGUCCGUUUUCUCAGAGAAGAUUGAGUUUAGCUGAACAGCUGGGGUGGCUGCACCCCCCCCCCCCUACCAGGGGGCUGACACUUGUUCUCAAUAAAUGUAGUUGAGACGGAAUGUGUUAAAGCAGGGGCACUAAAGGACACUAUAAACUGGUUAAAGAUGGAGAAUGCAUAGUUUUUCUUGUGUUGUGAGAUGAAUUCCAGCCAUUUUUUCUUAAUUGUCGGGUUUCAAACUGAAAACUAUAAAUUUCCACACGUCACGAAUUUAACUCAAACAACUUCAUUUUUACUGCACUGAAACUUUGGUGAGAAAAUUGAGUUUCAAAACUCAAUUCAAGAUUGAGUUUUUGAGUUUCAAAACUCAAUUCAAGAUUGAGUUUUUAACGGCCCUAAAAAAUCCCGGAAAAAACCCCUGGUAGCGGUAUAGUGGAAGUCAAAUCUGAACCUCUCUAAUAAACAAAACAUGACCAGCCGAUUUGUAUCUGAUUUACAAGGCGAUCCGUAGUGAAUCAGAUGUAGAUCGAAUGCGAAUGAUUAUUACCUAAAUACAAAUAUAUAUAUAUAUAUAUAAUAUUAAUGAGACCAAAGAUGAUCAAAUUUUACAGUGUAGAAAGAGUGCUCAAUACCAUUUAAUAACGUAGAGCAAAUAAUUUAAUUUCUUAACUUAAAAUAUAGUCACUAUAUUUUAAGUUAAGAAAUUAUAUAUAUAUAUAUAUAUAUAUAUAUAUAUAUAAUUUAAUUUCUUAACUUAAAAUAUAGUCACAACUCUGAGUUUCACGCUCAAUGCGAUCUUCAGGCGACAAUGUUUAAAUCUCAAUAAAAAAAAAAAAAAUUCUCGAAGUGUUGCCACCGGAAACAAUUCUUGGCGGGAAAAUUUGAACGUGCGCACGCAAUACCAUCACGCAAGUAGCCUAACGAACUCGCACGUAAUCAUACAGGAAUUUUUUUAUUGAGAUUUAAACAUUGUCGCCUGAAGAUCGCAUUAAGCGUGAAACUCAGAGUUGUGACUAUAUUUUAAAUUAAGAAAUUUAAUUAUAUAUAUAUAUAUAUAUAUAUAUAUAUAUAUAUAUAUAUAUAUAUAUAUAUAUAUAUAUAUAUAUAUAUAUAUAUAUAUAUAUAUAUAACCUAAAAUUUUAAGAAAUAUAGGUGUAGGCUUUUAAUAGUUUAAAUGGUGUUUUUGUGGAGAAAAAAGUAUGCAGUAUUGAAACGCAAAUCUGGUGUAGCCUUCAUCUCAUCCAGGUGCGAGGUAGUACUAGUGCUAUUAACGUGAUUAUCAGGUUGAUUUGUAAAAUAAAGCCUGGUAGGCGGUCUAAAAAAACGGUAGUUUAGACUUCUUGUUAGCAAUAUGUCAGGACUGAGGUAAAACUACACUUUACAAUUAGGAUAAGGGAUGUGGUUAAACACGUAGACCCAAGAUAUGAACUAAAACAAAACUUUAAAUAUGAUUUCCUGAUAUUUCGAUACCGGUAGUAUUUCAUAAUCACUUAUCAGACUUGUAAGAAAGUCCGUGUACAGGCGUGUAGUCAGAUACAGUCGCUGCUUACUUCACUGAUAAGCGUACGCAUCAAACACAAUGAUCUAAAACCAUUUUCUCUUGCCGUUUCAGGGCAACGCGGACAUGACUAGGUUCUGCAUAACGAUGAGUAUUCCUCGCCCGGAUUCACUUGAAGGCUACACCACCUUGCGUUUCUGGAACUGCAUCAUGUGCUCUACUGCUUUCGUUGGUACUAAACCUGAAAUCAUUCAAAGGGUGCAUCACCCGCAACUUUUUACCUACCAGCCCGAAUGGCUGUCUCACGCGGGCAUCUGUAACCGCUGUCAGAAGACCUUGACAAUGCAGGCACCGAAAAUCACCAUCUAUGCAAUCAGCGAGACACCCCAGAAUCACCAUGGUGCCACGUCAUCAAUACCUGGAACAUCGGUACCCGGCGUUUCGGCCCCUGGACCUCCGAUGCCCGGCGUUUCGAUAGCAGGGGGUUCGGUCCCAGGACCCUCGAUACCCCAUGUACUCGGAACUUUUGUACCAGGGACAUAUAUGACUGGGACAUCUGUACCCGUAGUCAUGUGUAAUGCAUUACCAGGACAGUGUAAUUGUGCACACGGAGGACAUAAUUACGUACCGGGUGUUAGUCACCUCGCUUAUCAAGGGAUCAAUGUUCCGGUAGUGACCAAAACUGAAGCAAACCCAGCAAGCACCGAGGCUGGUCAUAUUGCAAACGUGACGCAAUAUAUUCCUAUGACGUGUACGCAAUGAUAGACAUCAUUAGAUUUUCCACUACGUGAAUUUGUUUCGCGUGAAGCAAAACGAAAAACAAAAUUUUGCCCAGUGGAAAACAGGCUUAGGUCGAGUUUAUAUUAUAGAUUACUUGCUUUUUAGAUGUUGUAAAAUAUUCCUAUACAUAUAAAUAAUAAAUAUAUAACACAUGU